CAGCAUCCUUUUCAAAUACUUAUAUAAGUCCCUGCCCCGUCCGGUCUUAUUCCAGAUAGCACUUAGCGAUCAAAUAACAUCUUUUCCUACUUCAAGACAACCCAAGAUCAAUCUCCUUACAACCCACCAAACUCCACCCACAUUCCCAACCACAAUGGCAAUCUGGCUCCAAGGCCCCGGCUCCGGCGCCAUCGCCGACCCGGCCCUCAAAAUCCGCCCGGACAGAGGCGGCGCCAUCGUGCAGCCAUCAAGACCCGAUGCAAAGCAGGGCGCCGUGCACUUCAUCCUCCCCGCUCCACCACGCGAGAACCCCAACAUAACCUCCGUCGCCGUUGACUUCGAGACCGAUAAGGCAUACGUCGACGCCGUGGCUAUUCGCUUCGCUAACAUGGAGGCAUUCCGGGAACGGUUCCCCGGUCCCAAGACUUCGUCGUUUGCCGUUAAAGUGCCUCCGGGAGAGGCGGAGUAUAAUGGUCGUGGUGUUGUUGUUACUGUCUAUGUGAAGUUUAGGGAGUUCAGGGCUGUCGUUGAUUUUGAUCAGGUGAGGAUUGCCGUUGAGUAGGUGCGCUUGUGUUCUUG